AUGAUCAAUACAGCUGAUGCAUCAAUGGAAUUAAUGAUUGCUGAGCCACUUGCUCCUCCAUCUUCAUUAAAAUCUCAUAAUUACUAUCACGAAUCAUCAGGUUAUUCAUCGAAAGAAGCUGACUGUAGUAGUCCAGAAAAUAAAACACAAGAAGUUAAACUAAGAACUUUAACAAAUCGACCAGUUGAAAUUGCUCGUCGACGUCAGAAAAUAUCAACACCAUCAAUAGUGUCAAAUACUAGUUCAUUGACUAUUAAUGAAUCUCUUCCCGUCAUGAUUAUCGAUAAAACAAAUCAUAUUCAGUCGCCAAUCUGUGAUGAACAACUUGAACAUUUUCCUUUAACUAUUUCAACUGAUAAUAAUCGUAUUCCAAUAAAAUCACCUUCCUAUCAAGCAACACUCUUUGCUCGCCGUCAUUUUCAUAUAUAUGACUGUGCACGUGUUUCAUUCUACGAUAAUGUUCCAACUCCACUUGGCUAUUUAAGUGAACCUUUCGUUGUUGAAGAUUGCUCGCCAUUGUCAAUAUCAUCGAAUGAUGAUAAAAUGUUGUCGAUAAAUCAAAAAGAUUCAGGUCUUGAUACAAGUAGUGUUGAACGACACAUAGAUUCAAUUUUACUGACUAAUAAUAUUAAUCGGACAUUAUCUUCGUCGUCAUCAUCAUCGUCAUUGAAUAGUAGUAUAACAAAUACAUCAUCACGUUUACCAACUAGCCGUAAAAUACGUGUUAAGUGGCAUUCAUUUACAAAAACGCAUCGUCCUAGUUUUAAUUCAUCAAAAUAUCAUUUAGGACAAAUGUCUGUCGGACAAUUAUUAGCUCUACGUCGUGCUGCUUUAAUUCGUUUACAAGAAUUAUUUGAUACAACACGAAUAUUAUCAAUGAAUAAAUCUACAUUAGUUAAUAGAACAAUGGCAUCACGGCAAUGUUUACUUGCAACAGCAUUUAGUGUUGUACCAAGAUUAAUUAUUCGACGACAUCAACAACGAAAGGAAGUUCAUCAUGAAAUAAAGAAAUUAGUCUUCGGUGUUUCUCAUCUUUCCAUGACACAACGUACUGGAUAUCCAGUACCAAUUACAAUUAUUUCAGCUAUGAAAUAUUUACGACGUACAUCUAUUGAUAGUGUUGGCAUAUUUCGUAAACCUGGUGUAUCUCAUCGUAUAAAACGUCUUCAUGAUCUAAUAGAAUCCGAUCUUGAAUAUCAUCAAUUCGAUGAUUUUAGUCCAUAUGAUGUAUCCGAUGUAUUAAAACAAUAUUUUCGUUUAUUACCUGAAUGUGUAUUUACAGCCAAAUUAUCUCCAUUAUUUCUUCAUAUAAACAAUCAUUUUUCCAGUGCCGAUAAAGCUUUUAUGAAAAUAAAUAAUGAACGUCGUUUACUAGCUUUACAGUAUGCUAUACUAUUACUGCCGGAUGAAAAUCGUCUUGUUUUGCAUUUACUCUUAUCAUUUUUAAAUGAUGUUUCAAGACAUUCAAAAACAAAUCAAAUGAGUGCAAUCAAUCUGGCAACAUGCUUUGCUCCAACAUUAUUUUCAUUUCAUAGUUAUAAUAAAUUAUCUUCGAACGGUAUGCCCGAUGUAAGAGAAAUUCAAGAACAACGUAAAGCUAUGGAUAUACUUGCAUUUAUGAUAGAUCAUGUUCGUUCAUUAUUUAUUGUACCUGCUGAAUUACAUCAAGCAUGUCAUUUUUCUUAUAUUGAAAUUGGCGAACCAUGUACACUCGAAGAACUAUCACGUCGUAUUACAGACACAGCAAUAACAAGUCCAACUGUAAAUAAAUCUCGUCGUUAUUUAACAAAUAAACGUACAGCACAGCAGCGUGCAAAAGAAAUAAGUACUAUAUCCGCAUCAGAUUCAAUUGGUUCAUUGUCAUCAUCAUCAUCAUUAUCAUCAUGUGAAAAUAUACUUUUAAAUGCUAAUAAUAAUAAUAAUAAUAGUAAUUUAAGAUUAACGAAAACAAAAAUGAAUACAUCGUACCAGAAUUUUAUUGAUCGUUGUAUAAUUGAAGUAAUGCGUGAAUCGUCGUAUACAAAACUAAAAGGAUGGACAUCAUUUGGAAAAAAUAAUGAUUUAGACUUAGCAUUUAAAAAGUUAGAUGAUGGACAUCCACUUGGUUUAUGGAAAUGCUCAAUCGAAAUUGAAGCACCACCUAUUGAAAUUCUUAAUCGACUUUUAAAUGAGCGAAAAUUAUGGGAUGAUGAUUUUCAAUCCGGAAAUAUCAUCGAAAAAUUAAAUCGUAAUACACACGUUUAUCAAUAUACUAUCAAUUCAAUGACGCCUCUAGCAUCUCGAUAUUUUUGUGAAGUACGCAGUUGGAGAACAAAUAUUCAAUUAAAUACUAAUGGUAGCUAUCAAAAUAAAAUAUUAUCAAAAAAUCUUCCAGUUGGUUCAUCAUCAUUGGUUUCAUCAAGCGCCAUAACAUCAUUUAUUUCGACACAAAAUAGUCAACAACGAGAAGCUUGUGUUCUCGUGUGUACAUCUAUUGAACAUCCGAAAGCACGUUGUCCACCUAAGCUUGUUCGUGCAGUUACUUUGGCUUCACGAUAUUUAAUUCAAUCGUAUGGAUGUGGAAAAUCUAAAGUAACACAUUUGAGUCGUGUUGAUUUAAUGGGACGUUCUCAUGAAUGGUACUCAAAAGUCUACGGUUCAAUAUUAACUCGAUCGAUGACGAAACUUCGCGAUUCAUUCGUUCAUAUAAAUACAGGACCAGAAACAAAAGUCUGA